GAGCCGGGGGCAGUUACACUGUCAACCGUGGCUGGGGAAAGGCAGAUAGAUAGAUAUAGACAGAGAGAGAGAUAGAUAGAUAGAUAUCAGAGACCAGGAACUGGAGACGAGACUCAGAGGUAUUGGGUCGAAGCAGCUAUCAGAAUCACACGCAGGAGCUGCAAACACCGAACUUCAGUAUGGAUAUCCUGGCGGUGUUGAACCUGAGCGAAAUCGCUCUUUAUUUUUCUAAGAUGUCCAUGUUCCCGCUGUUUGACCUGGCUUAUUACAUCGUGUCCAUUCUCUACCUAAAAUACGAACCAGGAUCAGUGGAAGUGUCCCGUCGUAAUCCAAUUGCCUCAUGGAUGUGUGCAAUGCUUUAUUGCUUUGCCAGUUAUAUAAUGGCUGAUAUACUACUUGGAGAAUCACCCCUCCAUUAUUUUAACAACACCUCUCACAUCUUGCUGGCAACUGCUGUUUGGUACCUCAUCUUUUAUUGCCCACUGAACCUUUUCUACAAGUGUGUGGCCUUCAUGCCUGUGAAGUUGAUCCUCACUGCAAUGAAAGAGGUGGUGCGGGUCCGCAAAAUUAGUAUGGGUGUUGUCCAUGCACACCAUGCAUACCACCACGGAUGGAUCAUAAUGGCUUUGGUUGGAUGGGCCAAAGGUGCUGGAGUUGCACUGAUCUCCAACUUUGAGCAGCUAAUUCGUGGAGUCUGGAAGCCAGAAACAAACGAAUUUCUCAACAUGUCCUUCCCAACAAAAGCUAGUUUGGUUGGAGCAGUUAUCUUCACCCUACAGCAGGCCCGCUGGCUUCCCAUAUCCAAACACAAUGUUGUGUUCCUGUUCACCAUCUUCAUGGUUGUUACAAAGGUAUUCAUGACAGCAACACACUCCCAUGGGUCACCUUUCGCUCCAAUUGAAGCCUUCAUUUGCCCCAUUAUAUUUGGGAAUGCCUGUGGUAUCUAUGAUGAUCAUGAUCGUGUCUGCUCUCGCGACAAUGUACAGAGCUGUACCCCUUCCAAUCUGUCUCCAUACUCAGCCAAGACAAAGGAGGAACUUAAUGAAGGGACAAGGAAGAAGAAAUGCAAAAAGACUGAAUAAGUGAUAUGACUCCCAUCACAGUUAUCAAAUCGUGCAGGAAGUGCAAUUUCUGGUACUUAACGUGAUCUGGAAACUGUACUAUGAGGAAAUCGACAUAAUUGUACUCAUACAGUCUACUAGGGUUUGCAUUUGAGCUUGUCUGUCUCAUUAAAUGGAAAGAAAAAUGUGAACAAACAGUAGUUAGCCUAUCCUUCGCAGGGACAUAUUUCCUCAGCAAGUUUCUUCUCGAAAAAGCUGACAGCAUUAGUAUGGUAAUAAUUUAUCAAUGUCUUUGAAUAACCAGGUAUAGAAUGUGAAGAAAAUGAUAAUAAUCGUUUUCCUUUCUAAAAUUGUUGGGAUGUACUGUUGGAACUAUGUAAGAGGAAAUGCUUUAUUCACGUCUAACCAACACUGUACUAGAUCAGAGAGAAUUUCAUUUUGUCAUUGUUUGUAAAAGCAUACAUAAAUUCUAAAUUCCAGCAUUAUUAUAUCAGACUUUGGACUAGAUAGCCAAAAGUUAAAGUGGAGGUGCUAUAAAUACCAACUAGUGGUGAAGUGAAAUGACCUCUGCUGAUAAUUAGAGCACCUGCGUUGUCCUCAUUCUGAAUUUGUAGCAGAAAUGCAGACACUAUCUCCAGUAUGGACAAUGGGGCUGUAAUAAGCAAAUGAAAUAGGUCAAAGUCUCCAUUAAAUAGACAGUGGAAUACCAUAUGUAUUGUUAACUCUUAGUUCACUAACAUCUAGAGUAUAAAAUGCAAUAGCUGUAUUUGUACCACAAACAUUUGCCAAAAAUGCCACUUCAGGAAAAUUCAGGUCAAAAGUAGGUCAUUGUGCCUUUUUAAAAAAAAGAGAACCACAUUCUCCUAUAAUUCUGUACAAACAUGCACAAAAUAAUCAUUAUCAGGUGAAUGUAGAGAGUAUUCCAUCAUUGCCAAAAAAUAAAUUGUACGGAAAUGUGUUUUAUUUGUGGUCUUCCAAGAAAUGAAACUGAUGUAAUAUAAUAAAGAUUAAGUAUAAGACA